AUGCAAAAAUUCUUCCUUCUACUGCUCGCCCUCGUCGCUUUCGCCCUGGCCGCCCCAAGGCUGGCUUCUGAUGAGGAAUCUGUCGAAGAUGCGAUAGUCAGGGAGGAGGUUUGUACUGGGAAAAUAGGAACGAUUCAAUUAUCUUGGUUAUUGCAUCAGCCUCCAUCAUUUUCUUAAACACUUAAAAUUGACCAUUUCCAAAGAGAAACUUGUAGGCAAUAAAAAAGUCAAAAAUCUUUUUUUGAAGGACCUAAUUUCACAAUUGAACAAAGUUACCAUAUAAAAUCCAAAAAUCACUGAUUUUUCAAGUCUUCCAUGAGUAUUUUCAGUUCAAAAACCUUGCUGUAAAGUUGAAAAACGCAUAAAAUUUCGAACUACUUUAAUGACGUUGAAAAAUUAAACUUCUCCUUGAAAGCUUCAUAAUUUUUUUUUUGUACCUCUUAGCCAUCCAGUGAGUAUUUUUAAACGAAAAUCCUAUACUCCAUAAUUUUCUUAAAGCUUGAUUUUAUUUCUUAUAAAUGAAAAUCGUAUAUUUCAUAGAAGCCCCUUAGAACAUUUAAAAAACGCGAUUUCUCUGUUUCAUUUUUUUUAAAACCAAAUGCUGUGUUGAAAAUAAUUCCGCGAAAUUCAAAAUAGCCACCAGAGAGUGAAAAAUAUAACUGAACUUCAGAAAUUAAAAUAAGAUUUUGAACUUGCCAAAAUUACUUUGAACGUGGCAUGUACGAGAGCGCCGCGGUUCAUGCACACGACACACUAAACUUUACAGAAAAAUAGGGAAACGGGGUCGCCAAAAAAAAAAAUGCCGCGUUUUCAAAACGAUAUUUAGCUCAUUUUCAUGGCUCAAUCGAAAAAAAAUGACUUUAGGUCAUCCUUUAAUUCUGAUUUGCCUGAUAGCUCAAUUGGUACCGCUCCAAGCUAUGAAUAACACUAUCCUUGUUUGAAUCCUGGGAAAAACAGUUCAUUUUUGCCUUUCGUCCUUCCUUAGUAUUAAUUUAUCUUUUUUGUUAUUUUGAAUGCCCUAAUCAGCCUUGUCCUACAAGAUGGAAAAAUUCAGGACCCGGAAAUCACGAGAAUAAGACGUAGAAGCGUCGAGGAACGCGGGUACCUGCACCGAGCUCGUCACGGAAGGAAGCAUCCUUGGGACAGGAGUCAGGAGUUUGACAGCUUCAGUCAGGAAGAGGAGCCGAGAAAGAUCCGCGCCCGGCGAACCAUAAGGGUUUGCGACGUUUCUAACAUCUCAGAUUGGAAAAGUCCCAGAAUUCUUUCUGAUUCAACCGAAAAGGCAUUUAUAGCUUGCCAAGUCUUAAAAGUUCUUAGUACUACCAAAAAGUCAUGAUAGAACAAAGUUCUUCUCACAAAAAAAUUCCGAAAAACCGUGCUCAUUUCAGGACGAGGAGAAAGAAGCUUACCAGAUUUCUCAAGAGCUUUCAAAGGUUUAUCAACAGCAUCUACUCCAUGUUCAAGAGAAAAAGCUCUCGGUAACUUCAAAUUUCAAUAAAGAAAAUGCUAAGAAGGAAGUUUUCAGCACUCCCGGAAAAGAAGAACCAUUGGAAAAGGAGUCGGUGUCAAUGAGCGACAUCAAAUUGGAGAGGGGAUUCGGGCACAGCCUGAGAUUGUGGUAGGAUUUGUUCAACUUGAUAAAAUGCAUGUGCGCUCCAUGGAAAAUUAAUCGAAAAUUGGUAUUUCCGUAGAAUUUUUGAAUCAACCAUGUACAACAGACCCAAAUAUAGGCUAUUUUUGAAUUUUCAAGAAGAAAAAUAUGUUGUAUUUACGUCCCAGAAUUUAAAAAAAUUGAGCCGGAAAAAAACAUUUAUUUAAAUCACAGAGUUUUAGGAUAUGUCCUAAGCCGAAAAAAAUUGAAUUUUUUUCAAGCAUAUUUUGAGCUAAUUCCAUUCACGGGGGAAGGGGGAGUUCCUGAGCCUUUUCAAAAAAACCAGCUCUGGUUCUUAUUCCCUUCAAAAACUAGUAAAAAAAAAUUUUUCUUCAUCAAUAAACCUCAAAAAGACCACUCUAUUAGCAAAUUAUCAUUAGAGCGAACAAGCUCGACAAUUUUGAGCCUUUUCUUUCAAAAAACCAGCUCUGAUUCUUAUUCCCUUCAAAACUAGUGAAAAAAAAAAUCUAUUCAUCAUCCAUAAACCUCAAAAAGACCACUCUAUUAGCAAAUUCUCAAUAGAGCGAAUAAGCUCGAAACUUUUGAGCCUUAUAAAUAGUUUUUUUUUCUACAGUAGGAAAAAAGUUUAAUUGAAAAUUUCAAUUUGAAAACCUACAUCUUUGUUUGAAGAUUGACCGAAGCGAUAGUGAAUCGAAUGAGAAGAUCUACGACGCCUACGGCAACCGAUUUUGA